AUGCGCAGUGACGUCAGUGCGAAAAGGGCUCCUCAGAAGGGCGAGAAACCAAAUCGCCCUCGAUUAAGGGCCGACUAUUGGUUGGCCAUUAUCACAAUUGGACCGCAAGCCGCUCCAAACGACACGUCUGCAGGGCAGAGCCAGGGGGUAGGCCUGUACAACCGGAGAGUGCCGGAGGGGUAUGAGGACACGCGGCGGUAUGAGGAGUACGAGGAGCAGCGGCGGCGCCAGGAGGAGGAGGCGGCCAGGUACUACGCGGCGUUAGCGGCGAGCGGCGGCGGCAGCUCCGGUGGCAGCUCCGGUGGCAGCUCCGGCGGCGGUGGCGCUCGCGGCGCUGCUCGCGGCGACGCUUACGACAGAAGCUCCGCCGGCGAGGCCUCCUACGGAUACGGCAGCAGCUCCGGCGGCGGCGGCGGCGGCGGCGCUUAUGGCAGCAGCUCCGGCGGCGGCGGCGCUUACGGCGGCAGCUCCGGCGGCGGUGGCGCUUACGGCGGCAGCUCCGGCGGCGGUGGCGCUUACGGCAGCAGCUCCGCCGGCGCUUACGGCGGCAGCUCUGGAGGCGAAAGGGGCGACGGCGGCCUCCGGAGCGGCAGCUACGACCUGGUGGCGGCCAGCGGCGUCGAGGCCGCCCGCAGAAACGGCACCGGAGCGGCAUGCGCGCCCAAGUGCUUCGCCGAGAAGGGCAGCAGGGGCCCCCCUGGCAUGACCGGCCUGCCGGGUCCCAAGGGUCAGCAAGGUUUCACCGGCCAGGAGGGUCUGCCGGGCUCCAAGGGUGACAAGGGCGAGUCUGGGCCCGCGGGCCCGCGAGGACCCAAGGGAGACAGGGGCCGUGCCGGUAUGCCCGGCUUCCCCGGUAUCAGCGGAGUUCCCGGUACGAUGGGACCGCCUGGCUUGCCAGGUCGCCCCGGUAUGGACGGCUGCAAUGGAACGGACGGUGCACCUGGACUUACAGGUCUCCAGGGAGAGCAAGGACCUAGAGGUUUCCCGGGCCCGAGCGGCGUUAAGGGUGACAAGGGAGAGGCAGCGUACGCUGGGUUGUUCCCUAAGGGACAGAAGGGUGAACCUGGAAGGGACGGCGUGAGAGGUCUUCCGGGCACUCCAGGAUUCCAGGGACCUCAAGGUCCUCAGGGAGCCAAGGGUGAAAGAGGACCAGAGGGGCCACUUGGUCCCGUCGGCAUCAAAGGCGACAAAGGACAAAUGGGUUUGGGCUUCGAAGGACCUGCGGGAGACAAGGGAGAGAAAGGACCUCCUGGCCCCCCGGGUGACUCCAGCUACAUUCACAUGCCACCAGGCUCGGUGGUCGGCCCCGUAGGCGACAAGGGAGAAAAGGGUGACCGGGGUGAGAGGGGAGUGGACGGUGCUAAGGGAGAGCCGGGCAUCAGCGGCGCCCCCGGAGGUCCCGGUGAGAUAGGCAAACACGGCGAGAAAGGUCUUCCGGGCCAGCCCGGCCUACCGGGUCGCUCCGGAUUCCCUGGACCUGCUGGACCGGAGGGACAAAAGGGUGACCGCGGCGUCGAUGGAAUCAGCGGCCUCCCCGGCCGUCCCGGCUUGAAGGGCGAGCCUGGCCACGACGGCCCGGCCGGUCUCACUGGACUUCGAGGACCUCCUGGCCCCCCUGGAGGUGGUAAGGGCAGCCCAGGCCCCCCAGGCCCGCAAGGACCCCGUGGGUACCCCGGCGCGCCGGGACCCAAGGGUUUGGAUGGCUUCGACGGUCCGCAGGGUCUACGAGGUCCGCAGGGCAAUCCUGGUGGCCCCGGAGUUCCCGGAUCUCCCGGACCGGAAGGAGCGCCCGGCGAGAAAGGCAGCAAGGGUGACUCUGGCCUCCCUGGUUUCCCUGGAGAGGUGGGACCUCGAGGGUAUCCCGGGCCGCAAGGACCUCCGGGUCUGAGGGGUCUCAAUGGAGAAAAGGGCCAUUCCAUCCCCGGUCCCAAAGGCAUGGACGGUCUGCCGGGUCGCGACGGUGAGAAAGGAAACAAGGGAGAAAGAGGUUUCCCUGGACUUCGAGGUUUCCCUGGAGACUCAAUGGAAGGCAUACCCGGUGCCCCUGGACUACCAGGGUACCCUGGAGAAAAGGGUGCUGACGGCCGACCUGGAAUCCCCGGCACCCCGGGCGGACAGGGCCCCAAGGGAGAUAUCGGAGGACGCUGCACUGACUGCCGACCUGGAGGUCCUGGAGAAAAGGGAGACCGCGGGCGAGACGGCCGAGACGGGGAACCCGGCAUCAUGGGACCAGCUGGAGAGCGCGGCACCCCUGGAGACACUGGACCAGACGGCCUCCCCGGCAUCCCCGGCCCUGCUGGCAAACCGGGUAUUGACGGCAUUCCUGGAGUACCCGGGCCCGAGGGCCCAGCUGGACGCGACGCCAUCGUGCCUCUGAACCUGGUCAAGGGACUGCCCGGCCCCCCUGGUCUGCGUGGAGAGCCAGGACGAGAGGGUCCGUUCGGACCGCCAGGCCCCGUCGGAGAAAAGGGCUCGCCCGGCCCCAUGGGCUUCCCCGGUCUCAAGGGCGACAAGGGCUUCCCUGGAGUGCGCGGCCUCGACGGGAGUCCUGGCCGCCCAGGCUAUCCGGGUGCCAAGGGAGAGAAGGGCUUAAGUAUCAAGGGCGAAGCUGGCCUGCCCGGUCGCGACGGGUACAAGGGUGACGCGGGUCCCAAAGGUCUGAUGGGUGAGAAGGGUCUCCCCGGGCAGUGCCCCACACCGGCAGAGAUACGCGAAGGCAUCAAGGGUGAGAGGGGAGCUGAGGGCCAGAGGGGACCUCAGGGACCCACUGGAGAACCCGGAUAUCCUGGCGCCAAGGGCAUCCAGGGUAUCUCUGGAUUAACGGGCGCCCCUGGUCCCAUCGGAGAGCCCGGCCCCGUCGGACCCAGAGGACUCCCGGGUCCACGUGGAGAGAAGGGCGAUUUAGGUCCCAUGGGCUUCCCUGGUGAGAAGGGACAAGACGGCCUGCCCGGCGUGCCGGGGCUACCAGGAUACAAAGGUACUAAGGGAGAGGCGGGCAUACCAGCUGUUGGGCCACCUGGACCUCCAGGCUACCCAGGACUCAAGGGCGAGAAGGGACUGCCUGGUCUCUCUGGCAGGUUUGGAAAGGAUGGAGCUCCAGGUCUGCCUGGCUUCGCAGGCGAGAAAGGAGACUUGGGAAUGCCUGGCCUUAACGGGUUGCCCGGUCCCCAGGGACAGAAGGGAGAUCCAGGUCCAUUUGGACCUGAUGGUCCACCUGGCCUUCCAGGUCGACCUGGGGCGGAUGGUACUAAGGGUGAGCCUGGACAGGUUGGCCUACCCGGCCGCGCAGGACAGGUUGGCUUCCCUGGCCCUAAAGGAGAGCCCGGACCAGCUGGCUUUGAUGGACCUAAAGGAUUCACAGGACAAAGAGGAGCCCCUGGUGCGCCUGGUACACCUGGCAUGGAUGGACAGCCUGGCGUGAAGGGCGAGCCCGGUCCUGAAGGAUACCGAGGACUGCCUGGCCCCAUGGGAGUGCAAGGACUUACUGGAUUACCCGGCCCCUAUGGACCAAAGGGAGACAUCGGCCUCCCUGGACCUCAGGGACUCUCAGGGUUGCCCGGCAUCCCUGGAGCGAAGGGAGAGCCUGGACCUGAAGGCUUACCAGGACGCAAGGGAGAGCCCGGCCCCGUGUCGGCUAAGGGUCAGAAGGGAGAGGCUGGCCUGCCUGGCCUGCGCGGUCCCCCCGGCCCCAAGGGCUACGACGGCCUCACCGGACUCAAGGGCGAGCCUGGCAGACCCGGCAUCGGCCUGCCCGGGCGGAAGGGAGACAUCGGUCUGACCGGCAGACCCGGUCUGGACGGCAGGCCUGGCGACAAGGGAGACCGUGGCGACAUGGGCUUCCCUGGACUCAAGGGAGACCCCGGUCUAGCAGGACUCCAGGGAGCGCCCGGCAUGCCCGGUGCGGACGGCAUGCCUGGCGCGGAGGGGCUGACAGGACCGCAGGGUCCUCCUGGGUACACAGGCCUCAAGGGAGACGAGGGAAGGCCUGGAUAUCCUGGACUCAACGGCACUAAAGGGGAGAUGGGCCCACCCGGUCCCGCCGGCCCACUCGGCUUCCCCGGCGAACGAGGAGACAAAGGCGACCGCGGUCCCCCCGGCCCCAUCGUGGACGUCAAGGGAGACAAGGGAGAGCCUGGCCGACCCGGACUGCCUGGACUGACCGGCGACAAGGGCGUCCAAGGCCUGGACGGGCUUCCUGGACCUGCUGGCGAAAAGGGUGACGUUGGCCUGCCUGGUGGCCCUGGUCUUCCAGGAGCACCUGGCUACCCUGGCGCUAAAGGAGAGCCUGGUCUGACUGGGCCGCCUGGUUUCCCUGGCCUCACUGUGAAGGGAGAAAAGGGAUUGUCUGGACUCCCCGGCAAAUUCGGAGCGGCUGGACUGAACGGAUACCCAGGAGAAAAGGGUGACCGAGGUCUCCCUGGACUGCCCGGGCGCUCUGGACAAGACGGUCUUUCUGGCCUCCCGGGACAGAAGGGCGACAAGGGCAACGCUGGACUCCCCGGACUGAACGGUGCCCCUGGGGAGGUUGGCGAGCGCGGUCUGCCCGGCAGGGAAGGCUUCCCCGGUGUCCCCGGCCUCAAGGGCGACGUCGGCCCGCCCGGCCUCUACGGCGCCCCAGGCGAGAAGGGUGACGCUGGCAGGCCCGGCAGUCCCGGCUACAGCGGCAGUCCCGGCCUGAAGGGUGACAGAGGCCUGGAUGGCUUCCCCGGCGCUCCCGGCCCAGUCGGCCCGCCCGGCGAACCCGGCCUCCCCGGCCCAGCCGGCCUGCCGGGUGCCCCUGGCAGAGACGGCGCCAAGGGUGAGAAGGGAGAGUCGCCGCCACUGCCGCCCCCUGGACCAAAGGGUGACCGCGGUGUGGCCGGCCUCCCCGGGCGCCCCGGAGCGCGCGGCGAGAACGGCCUGAGCGGCAUGCCUGGCCUGCAGGGAGUCAAGGGUGAGCGCGGAAGCCCAGGGCUGGACGGCCCUCCGGGUCUGCCGGGUCUGACGGGAGACAAGGGCGACGCCGGCCUCGACGGUCCCCCGGGACAGCCGGGUCUCGCCGGCGAGCCCGGUGCCAGGGGCAUCCCGGGCGCCUCCUGCAGCGCGCAGGGCGACUACCUCACUGGCAUCCUGCUCGUCAAACACAGCCAGAGCCAGUACGUGCCUCAGUGCGAGCCGGGCCACAUCAAGCUCUGGGACGGCUAUUCUCUGCUCUACAUCGAAGGAAACGAGAAGUCACACAACCAGGAUCUAGGUUUCGCCGGAUCUUGCGUGCGCAAGUUCAACACGAUGCCCUUCUUGUUCUGCGAUUUCAACAACGUUUGCAACUACGCGAGCCGCAACGACAAGUCAUACUGGUUGUCGACGACGGAGGCCAUCCCCAUGAUGCCCGUCGAGGACCGCCAGAUCUCCAAAUACAUUUCUCGGUGCACUGUGUGCGAGGCACCCGCUAACGUGAUCGCCGUGCACAGCCAGUCCCUCAAGGUGCCGGACUGCCCGGCCGGAUGGUACGACCUCUGGAACGGCUACAGCUUCGUCAUGCACACCGGCGCGGGCGCGGAGGGCGGCGGCCAGUCGCUGGCCAGCCCCGGCUCGUGCCUCGAGGACUUCCGCGCGACACCCUUCAUCGAGUGCAACGGCGGACGAGGCACCUGCCACUACUUCGCCAACAAGCUCAGCUUCUGGCUCGCCACCAUCGAGCCCGGCCAGGAGUUCUCGCGCCCCAACUCACAGACCCUCAAGGCGGGCAACCUGCGCGACCGCGUGAGCAGAUGCUCAGUCUGCAUCAAGCGCACUUAGCCGCGCGCGCGCAGCGACAGCAGACAGUCCUCGACAGCUUUCCGAUCUCGGCUGUUUACCCGAAAGGAGGACGAACCUCUCACCGAGUAUUAGAGAAGAGAGCGAAGCGUUGCUCGAUGGGUCCAGAAAGUGAGACCGGAGUGACACUCAGUCGCCAACGAUAGACGUUCCGGCGUCAUUUUCACGUCACACGACCUUAUUUCGACUCCCUCCUCAUAUGCUCUCUGGGGGCGCUGCGGUGGCCCUUACGCCAGUGCGAAAAACCAGCCAUCACACUGCCGGUUCAAAGCCUAGGCCUAGGCUUUCGAAAACCAACCCUGCCCUGACAUUUCCCUGUUAUUAUCAUUCGCCUCUUCGGUUCGCACUGGCGUGCUGCGCCCACUUUUUAAAGAGUCUGCCCUCUCAGCAUGUCGGGUAAAGAACGAGCUUAGGGGUUUGGCAACAUUGUGAUCCUUGUAAAUCGUUAACUCUUACUUUAGAAGUGCCAUCAGCCGACUGUGUUCGCACCGCAGUGUUCAACUUGUGUUCCACGCGAUCAGUUCGGCCCAGCCGAACCCCGGUACAGCACCACUGCCCCGACGAUACCCCCCGCGAUGGGCUGCAAGACGCCCUGGGCGACGGGGUAGCGCUCCUCAUUCACUCAAUACCCUCUCGACUGAUGUGCAUAAUGAAAUAUUAGAUAUUUCAGGAUGACUUCGAUAAAAAAAACGUGGUUAUUUUUAUUUUUUUCUUAGUUUCAAUUGCUGGGCCAAUCAUUUUUUAUUAAUCCAAAGAAAGCAAAAGAGAGAGAGGUGGAGAGAGAAAG